GGAAGAGUCCGGGCCGGCUCAGGACAGAGAUGGCAGGCCUGCGAGGGAGAGGCGGCGGGGGAGUGUGCGUGUUGUGUGUCGGCGUGUGUCAUGUGCAAAGCCCUCUCGCUGUGGUGCAGAGCCCGUGUUUGGCCUGCUUGCCGUGUACUGCCCCUAAGCUUUCCUGUGCGGUUUCUGCAGUGCUGGGCUCCCGGGCUCAGGCAGAAACAGGGGGAGGCCGCCGGUCCUCGCUCUCUGCUCUCUCACUUCCCCGUCGUGCUGUGUGGGGUUUUGCAAGCAGGAGGAGGAAGUUUCUGCACUGUCCUUUCUCCCCCAGCCCGUCUCGGUGUGUUUGCAUGAGAAAGAGCUCAGGGCUGAGCGCCGGUGCCUGUGAUUGGGCGCAGUGCGUCUGCAGUGAAGAGGGGAGGGGGAGGGGGCGCGGAGAGGCAGGCAGGCAGGCAGGCAGGCAGUGGGGCUCGGAGGCAGAUCAAACCCAGCGGAGUUGGGGGCUGGGAGGCCAGACCCCUGGUGCCUGUUCUUUGCAGUGGGCGAAGUGGUCAGCUGCAGCUGUGUUGAGUCCAGGGUCGUUCCCGCCAGACGCUCUAGGCAGCGCUGGGACCUGCGUGACGCCCUCUGUGAGGGAGGGAGGAUGCGUGCUCGCCGGCUGGAGAAAACUGGAACGUAGAGGGAGUCCGGGCUCCACCGCGCUCGAGGGGUCCGACAGCAGGUUGCAGUUUCCUCAGCUGGCUCUGCGGCGGCGGCUGGGCCAGCUCAGCUGUAUGUCCCGUUCCACGCUGAAGCUGCGCUCAUGGCCACUCUCCUUCCUCUACUACUUCCUGCCCUUCGGUGCCCUCAAACCCCUGGCCAAAGUGGGCUGGCGGCCCACCAGCAGGGUUGCCCUGUACAAGUCCAUCCCCACGCGCCUGCUGUCCCGCGCCUGGGGCCGCCUGAACCAGGUGGAGCUGCCCACCUGGCUGCGCAAGCCCGUGUACAGCCUGUACAUCUGGACCUUCGGCGUGGACAUGAAGGAGGCGGCGGUGGAGGACCUGCACCACUACCGCAACCUGAGCGAGUUCUUCAGGAGGAAGCUCAAGCCGCAGGCCCGGCCCGUCUGCGACUCGCACUGCGUGAUCAGCCCGUCAGAUGGGAAAAUCCUGCACUUUGGCAGGGUCAAGAACUGUGAGGUGGAGCAGGUGAAGGGGGUCACCUACUCACUGGAGACUUUCUUGGGGCCACACACAUGGGGCGACGGCCUGCCUCCGAACCGCAAUGAGGAAGACUCCAGCUCCUUCCAGGAUGUCCUGGUGACGAAGGAGGGUAACCAGCUGUAUCACUGUGUCAUUUACCUGGCGCCAGGUGACUACCACUGUUUCCACUCGCCCACUGACUGGAGGGUGGCACAUCGACGACACUUUCCAGGCUCCCUGAUGUCCGUCAACCCUGGAGUGGCUCGCUGGAUCAAGGAGCUGUUCUGCCACAACGAGCGGGUGGUCCUGAGUGGGGAGUGGACCCACGGCUUCUUCUCUCUCACGGCCGUGGGCGCCACCAACGUGGGCUCCAUCCGCAUCUACUUCGACAAGGACUUGCACACCAACAGCCCGCGCUACAGCAAGGGCUCCUUCAACGACUUCAGCUACGUGUCCAACAACAACAGGGAGGGGGUCUACAUGCGCAAGGGGGAGCACCUGGGCGAGUUCAACCUGGGCUCCACCAUCGUCCUGCUGUUCGAGGCCCCCAAGGACUUCACCUUCAGCCUGAAGGCGGGGCAGAAGAUUCGCUUCGGCGAGGCCCUGGGCACCAUGUGAGCGAGAGAGACUCCGGCGCAGGGCCACGCCUGGACCCGGGACCGUGGCGCGCGGUCCCGGACACGCUGCGCGCUCCAGUCCAGACAGACCCGCGCGCACGCGCACGCGCACGCGCACACGGCCGGCCCCCCUCCCUCUCUCUCCUCCCUCGAACGCGCGCUCGUAUAAAAACGAGGGCGUCCGCGAGCCGCCGGAGGUUUGGACUGGCGAAGCCGUGCGCCGAGCGUCGCCCCUCGCCGGUACAGCGGAGGCGGCUACAGACACAGAAACACGAGAGCAGGGUCAGACGCACACGGCGGGGCCCAGCGUCCUGUGUUUACUUCCGCCAAGCUCCCGGCUGCCUCUCGAGUUCCAUUGAACUGAUGGAAGGGCGGCUGUACGAACGCUGUCCGCAGACACCCGUCCUACAGCGCUCUUCUGAGCUGUGGGAGUGACCUCUGCUCUGCAGGAGUGACCGCCCCUCUGGCCUGGGGGAGUAACCGACCGCUCCUGCACUG